AUGCGUGUUGAUGCAAAACUUCGUUUGUUUGCUGCCGAUGUAACAAUUAGACAAGUAUUUCAGAAUCAUGAAUCUGUGCCGGUUGAAGGUGUUUAUUGCCGUGCCCUUGUUAAAGGUUUAGCUCGUGCUACUAAUGGUUACUUUAAUUUCAUAGCUCCACAUACAAAUGUGGACAUCUAUGUCGUCGAACAGCUUGCUCGUGCCUUGCAACCAAGUAUAGCAGAUGUAUACCUUAAAUUGAAUACAAACCAACGUAUUCUUCAUAAAGUACCCGAACAUGCUCCACCCGUGUUUGUCAAAGAUCGAUUACUUUUCUAUGCUUUACUCGAUGAGACAAUGCCAUUUGAUCAUACAACAACAACCUAUUGGUUUAGCUCGUAUAGACCAUGUGCCAUCAGUACUUGA